AUACGCCAUUUGACUUGAAAGUGCUCGAGCAGUUGGCGGUGACCAACUUGCGUGGCUCGUUCAGCAGCUCAUGUCAACCACCGCGGACUGCGAGCUCAUCCCAGGCCACUCAAAUGCACUCGGUCUUGCACGAAGUCCUCGACGAUGAUGGCGAGUGCAACAACCAGGCGCCAAGUCAGCCAAUGUCAACCUGGUCCGAAAGCGCCAUGCAUCGAGUGAAGGAAGACCAGCUUUUGAAGCAACGGAUGACGCGCAUGCGAGCGCAAAUGCAGCUGACGAUCAGUCGACUGAGAAGGCAAAACGAGGAGCUGAUGGGUGCGUUGACGGCUUCCAAAGACCUGAGUGCAAAGCGGGAGAAGCAUCUUGUGGCCGACCAUGCAUUCAAGCUCGCAUCAAAGGAGCGACAAAUUACAUUGCUGAAGAGGCAACUAGCAGAGGCCACAACCGCGAUCAAAACCGCCCAAACCAAGUUCGAGAGGGAAGUGGCCGACCUGACGACCCAAGUGGCCGAUCUUAAAUUCGAGAACAAGCUGAUGCAAACCGCGUACGAAAAAGGCCGGGAAACAUGGCCGACCAGCUAGAGAGGUUCUGUAUUCCAUGGGGGUUAAGUCUAUGCGUUGUUGGCGCCGUUAAACUUGACUCGGAUGUCGUCGUCGCCCAUGAACCCUGCACUAAUUCCAUUCGUAUUGCCGCC